CCCCCCCCCCCCCCCCAACCAACAAAAAAAAAUAUAUAUACCUAGAGAUACCCUACGCUAUAUUGCCACCGAUUGCCACCGAUUUACUAUUAUUAACCCCCCUUACUUAAUAUCGAUAUCCUCCUCAAGUCGAAGCUGCUUCGAGUCCGCUGUUGUCUUGCGUCAACCCACCUCUUUUAAUAUCUCCUCCCCCUUAUUGUCUACUACAUCCUAAUAACUCUCCACAUCCCUCUUUUCGCAAACCCCCCAUCAUCAACAUGUCGGAAGUUCAGAAGCCGGUCGAGGAGGUCCCAGCUGCCACUCCCGCUACCGAACCCUCCAAGGACGCUCCUGCUGCCUCUGCUGCUGAAACCCCCGCAGAGACUGCUGCCCCAGCUACAAAUGAACCUGCCGCUAAUGCCCCAUCUUCUGCUGAAGAACCAACCAAGGAAGAGCCCAAUGCUGAGAUCAAGCCCGCUUCUGAGGGCGUCCUUGGCUACAAGGCUCCAGGAUUAGUUAAGGGCUUCCGUUUCUCCAAGCGAUUCUGCUGGUUCAGUGACGACGCCGUUGAGGUCAAGCAGCUCUCUACCUACUUCCAGAAUGAGAAGCUGAGCGUUGCACAUCCCACCGCUGCAUGGGCCAGCCAGACUGGCAAGGGCCUGCUCUUUUUAGCCAAGCGUGCCGAGGACAAGACUGCCCCCACUGGAAUCAUCAACUUGGCCGACAUCUCGGAUGUAACCAAGGAGUCUAGUAACGAGUUCCAGUUCAAAUUGGCUGGACACAAGCAUACCUUUCAGGCUGCUAGCAGUGAUGAGCGCGAUUCUUGGGUUGCUGCCAUCGAGGCCAAGGCUGCUGAUGCCAAGAACGAGAAGGAGACCAUCACUUCUAGCGAGGGUUAUAAGGCUGAGCUGGAGAAAUUGACCAAGCCUCCAGCUCUCGCAGCUGCUACCCCGAAGAAGGAGCCUGCUAAGGAAGUAGAAGAGGGAGAGAAGAAGGAGGAAGAGGACAAAAAGGACGAGAAGAAGCCAGAGCAGGAGGAGAAAAAGUCAGAGCAAAAGGAGAAGAGCCGAUCUCAAUCCCGGAAGCGCGCCAGCAUUUUCGGAAACUUCCUUGCCAAGAAGGAUGAAGAGAAGAAGGAGGAAAAGAAGGAGGAGAAGGCUGAGGCUAAAGACGACAAGAAGGAUGAGCCAGAGGCUGCGGCCCCGGCUGCUGAGACCGCUGCUCCUGCUGAGUCUGCUGAGGCUCCUGCCGCCGCCGCUGAAGAGCCAAAGGCUGAGGAGAAGAAACCCGAGGCCAAGUCUGAGCCAGCUACCACCGCCAAGGCCAAGCGUGCCUCUAUCUUUGGAAACAUCUUCCAGAAGGUCGGCAACCAGGACAAGGCCGAAAAGGAGAGCGCUCCCAAGACCUCAGAGACUGCUGUCUCCAGCACUGCACCUCAACUUGGUGACCCCGUCGAUGCUUCCACAUCAGAGCCUAUCAAGCCUGAGACCGUAACUGCUGCAGGAGAACCUGCUCAGCCCGCCAAGGAGGCCGAGGAACCAGUUGCCUCGCCAACAUCCACCAAGAGUGGCUUCCUAAACUUCAUCAAGAAGGAAAUGAAGCACGACGACAAGAAGGAGGCCGCCAAACCUGAAGAGAAGGCUGAGAAGAAGCACGAGGAGACUCCUGCGGAGCCUGCUGCAGCGGAGACCAUUCCUCCCGCUGUCAAGGAGAAGCGUCGCACCUCCCUCUUCGGAACCCUUGGCUCCAAGAAAGAGAAGAAGCCGGAGUCCACAACUGAUGGCGAGCAAGCUACUGAGGAGGACAAGGCGAAGUCCCCCGGCCAAAUGUUCGGAGGAGUUUUCCGCCGUGUCAGUAAGGCCGGCAAAAAGGAGAAAGAGCCUGCUGCUGCCACUUCAGAAUCCGAGCCCAUUCCAGAGGCUGCUGAGAAACCUGAGCCAAUCAGCAAGGAUGCCCCAGCCGACCCCCCCGCCGCUGUGAACGGCACUGAGGCCGAGGAGAAGGCAGAUGCUACUGCCCCAACAUCAUCUUCUUCACAGCCCGUCCAAGCUGCUGCAUGAAGUGCAGGCGCCAGGACGAGCUUCGUUGAGAUCGAGAAGUGGUGGGACCAGCGGUACUUGUCUAGUCCUGGCGUGUCAACUGCCUAGUUGGAUGAUCGUAGUCCCUCCCCUCCAAUAACAACCACGGCAAAGAACUAUAGCCCAGCAGCUCCCUCCCCCUCCGUUUUUCUUCUUAAACGAAAGAAAAGAACCAAAAAACAGCAAACGAGAAAAAUCCCCUGUAUGAUGUCAAAAAUUGUCGUGCGCACCGCAGGUUGCAAACCCUCCCCUCACUGCUCGCACCCGCCACUCUAAUCUCCGGUCUUCGAAAAUGUUUAUUCAACGAGACAUGCUCGAUAUACGUGUCGCUCAUUUCCUUAUUUAUUUUCGUUAAUAUUGUUUUCUUUUUGGUGCGCGCUGCUGCUGUAUUAUUUUUCUCGAAAAAAAAAACAAAACAAAACCCCCCAAAAAAAACUGUUUGCGAGGUGGACGUGAAUGAUACCCCAAUACCCAAGUCAAUUUCCUCUCUUUUUGUUUGUGGUUACAUCCUCUUUUUUUGUUUUCCUAUUUUGUCAUUGAUAACCCUUCCCUCCACAUUCUUGCUAACUGGGUGCUCUAAUCUAUUGGCUAUAUUAAUACGUAAUUCAUCCCAACCACAAAGGGCAUACGCUUAAACGUGGUGCCAAAGCUCUAAAAUACACACUCACACAUAAUACACACAUUACUAAUCUAUUCUAACACUCUCCAUCCCCUUUCCAACACCCAGUUUCUUAGUGUAGAGGUAGAUUAGAGGGUUAAAAACUGGAAUUAGUAUUAGAAUGAGCUAGAUUCUCAACAAAUAUGAAAAUUCAAUAUGACGAGAGAUAGGGUGAGUGUACAGCGUAGAGAUGAUGUGCUGGAUAUGUCUAGUGUAUGUCCGGCCCACCACAAUAAUAAGUAAUAAUAAUAUCUGUCAUCGUCAAUAUAAAUCAUCAAAUAUCUGUAAAAACUAUGACCCCGUUCUUGACUUUUCACUUCCUCGAAUGAUCAUAAUAAGUAUACCAUAUAGGUCGCCCACCCUCUUCAUAACUGCAGCAAAAGUUUAUAUUAUUCCUCCGUUCCCUACGCCCCAUCUAUCUAUCUAUCUGCCAGUCAGUCCGAAUUUGCUAUGUAUGCUCUUUCGCGAUUCUCCUUUUCUGUCCCUUUCGUCCAGAAUAAAUUUAUCUCCAAAUUCCUUCCUUUCUACAAUGCAAGGAAGAUACAUGCGAAUGGAUCGAUCCUGCCGGUGGGUUCAGGGGUUCCCUCCCUCUGACCUGGGGGAGGGGGCGGGAUUACGAGUAUGUAGGGCACAUUUUCAAAUAAUAUUGUACCUAGUAUGAGAUAUAUAUCAACCAAUCAAUCAAUC